AUGAUGACUGGUAAUGUAAACCCAGAAUAUCGGUAUCUCAGUAUUCUUGCGAAAACUUGGAAUGAAGUUUAUUUGGCUGAGAAUCUGUAGACGAAGCAAAAGUGUUGUAUAAAGCAAGUGUUGAUUGAUGAGUAAUUGAGAGAGAGGUUUUAGUAGGAGAUUUAGAUCCUACAAAAAAUAAAGGUUUAUCCGCAUCCAAAUAUUAUUUCCUUUGAGGAUAGUUUCUAUUAUGAGAAGGUGACCACUCAGGAUAAAGCAAUCACCUUCGGCUGUAUUGUCAUGGAAUUGGGCAUCACCAACUUAUAGCAAUACAUCUCCUCCAAAAAGCAAUCGGAUCCAGAAUUCAGGUUUCAAGAGUAUGAAGUGGCUGAUUUCUUUGCGACUAUGAUCAAAGCGCACUCGCAUCUCCAAGAAAUCAAAAUAGCACACAGAGAUAUCAAACCAGAAAAUAUUAUACUUUUCAAUGAUGAAAAUCUAUUGUUUAAAGUUUGCGAUGUUGGUUUUGGCACUGAAAUUAUUGACGAGGAAUCAAAAUCAAGAACCAUCGGGGGCACCGUUUUAUACUAAGCUCCAGAAGUCUAUCGAGCUUUCAAAAGAAGGAAACAUCAAGCCAAGUACAACCCUUACAAGAGUGACGUCUUCUCACUUGGAUUGGUCUUCUUGUUGUUUGCUACCUCUCAAAAUAUGACAAAACAGUUAAGAGAAGAAUUGUUCGAUGACGAAGUAAAGCUCUACAAUUAUUUAAAAGAAAAACGAAAGCAAGUCAAGGAAUCAUACCCUAGAAUCAAAGGAGUUUCCAAAAUCCUGAAGCUCAUGUUGGACAUCUCUCCUGAUCAGAGAUACGAUUUCUCCCAACUGAGUCAAAUUAUUGAAGAAAGAUCCUACUUGGAAGUUAAAUCUGUACGUCAUUCAUCAUCUAAAUAGCCUGCCAAAAUCAAUCACAAACAUCUGUAAUCCAUUUCUAAUUUGGACAAUUUAUAAUUGGAUAUUAAGAAUAAGGAGGAUGUGCAAUUGGAUCUAAAUGGAAUGCAGAACAAAUCACAAGACGAUUUACUUAAAUUCUUAGAAACCAUAGCGUAGCAAGUUAAAAAUUUUUAAAUGAUUACGUUACAAAUAAAAUUGGAGAUGAGUUGUUUGAAUGUGAGAACCAUCGCACCAGUUGAAAAGAUUUUGAAUAGAGCUCAAAAGUUGAAAGAAUUGCAAUUGCAUCUGUGGAAGUAAGGUCUUAUUUCUAUUUAUAGUAAUAAAUUGGGGAAUUUGGGAUUGUUGUUCUUAACCAAGGCGAUAAUGAAGAUGAGUGAAUUGAAGCGAUUAACCUUGGAACUAUCUAAUAAUUAAAUCUCUGAUGAGGGCAUUAAUAAUUCAUUACCCCUUUUAGAGGGACUUGUUCAGAUGGAGGAGUUAAAAUUGGAUUUCGGAUUAAAUCAUCUACCUAUGGAUUGUUGUGAAGCAUUUUUUUAACUUAUAUGUGCCAUGCCAAAUCUAAAAAAGCUCGAUUUAGGUCUUGAAAGUAAUUAAAUGAAUUAAGUGCUUUCUAAAUUACUGAGGUAGUCAAUGAAGCGAUUGCCCCUCCUCACUCAAUUAACCAUUAACUUUUCCAAGUAUUUCUUAUGCCUUAAAAGCAGCAUUCCUAUGCACAAUGAGGGUUUUUCUGAUCUUGGAGAGAGCAUAUCCGAAUUGGAGAAUUGCGAACUGGUUCUUUGGGGUUCGCAAAUCAAAGAUUUGGGAGUGGAGGAAUUUGCUAAGGGAUUGUCCAAAUGCGAGAAGGUUAAGCAUUUAAAUCUGACUUUGUGGAGCAAUCAAAUUACAAAGAAGGGAUGCGAAUCUCUGGGUUUGGUGUUACCGAAAUUGACGAAGUUAAGUACUUUAGUAAUUGACUUGUCCAAAAAUCGUAUAGAGGAUGAGGGAGUUAGAUUUUUGGCUAAGGCCAUUCAUGAGAUGCAGCAAGGGUUAAGAGAAUUAAAAUUUUGGAUUGAGAAUGUGUCUUGUUCUUCCUUUGGAUUGAGGUAUGUCAAUAGAUUUUUGGUAUCGCAAAAGAAGUUGAGGAGUAUCAGUUUGAAUUUCAGAUCGAACUAGAUUGGAUUGGAUGGAAUGGAGUUGCUGUAUAAUGGCUUCGGUUAAGCUACUUAGUUAGAAACAGUAAACUUGAUUCUUGAUCACAAUCCAUUAGGGGAUGAAGGUGUGAACACUUUGUUUAAGGGGUUGUGUAAGUUGAAGGAGUUGCAGAGAUUGUUUCUGAGUCUUGAGAGUGUUCAGAGUUCUGGGAACUCGGUGACUGUGAUGUUGUCUUCGAUCAAGUCUUGGUCUGAAUUGAGAGAAUUGCAUGUCAAUUUCAUGAAGUACAUAUAACAUAACAUUUACGUUAGAAAUGAUACUGAUUUGGCUGACGACAUCAAUUUGAAGAACCGACUGUUGGAGAUACAAUCGAAUGCCAAAAUUAAUAUUGAAUUAAAAACUAUAAAUUAAUAAAUAAAGUGA